UGACGACGUUGCCGUUGCGUAUUUGCAAGCAAUUUCAUGUAAAAAUAGGAAAGUACUCCUGUUUUUGUUCUUUACUAUUUAUAUCGGUUCUUCUAAAUCCAAGCUUUGAUCGCCUUCCCCGGAAUCUCUCCUCCUCUUCCUCUGCCUCCAUGGGAGCGGACGGCUCCCCCUACGCCCACUCCUUCGCCGCCAAUGGCUCCGCCCUUGAGGCUCCUGGCGGCGGUGGCGGCGCCCUCGCCGAUGCCGGCGCCGCCUUCGUCCUCGAGUCCAAAGGCACCUGGUGGCACGCCGGCUUCCACCUCACGACGGCCAUCGUGGGCCCGACGAUCCUGACGCUGCCCUACGCGUUCCGGGGCCUCGGAUGGGGUCUCGGGUUGGCGUCGCUGACGGCCGUCGGCGCCGUCACCUUCUAUGCGUACGUCCUCAUGUCCAGGGUCCUCGACCACUGCGAGAAGCAGGGCCGGCGGCACAUCCGAUUCCGAGAGCUCGCCGCCGACGUCUUGGGGUUCGGCUGGAUAUUCUACCUCGUAGUCUUCUUUCAGGCGGCCAUCAACACUGGAAUAAGCAUCGGAUGCAUCUUGCUUUCAGGGGAAUGCCUCAAGAUCAUGUAUUCCAGUCUAUUUCCUAAUGGUCCCAUGAGGCUGUAUCACUUUAUCAUCAUGGUGACGGUGGUGUUGAUACUUCUUUCUCAGCUGCCAUCUUUCCAUUCCCUUCGGCAUUUCAAUCUAGCCUCACUGUUUUUAAGCUUGGCAUACAGUGCUCUUGUCACAGGGGGCUGUAUCUAUGCAGGUUACUCUAAGAAUGCUCCUGCAAAGGAUUAUUCCUUGGACUCAACAAGUAUACAUCGUACCUAUAAUGCCUUCACAUCCAUCUCCAUUUUGGCUUCUCUUUAUGGAAAUGGAAUAUUACCAGAAAUUCAGGCUACCUUGGCACCACCAGCCACUGGGAAGAUGGUGAAAGGCCUUGUGUUGUGCUACAUGGUGGCUGUCUUAGCAUUCUACUCAGCUGCGGUGUCUGGUUACUGGGCAUUCGGAAACAAAGUAAGCUCCAAUGUUCUUAACAGCUUAUUGCCAGACUCAGGACCUUCCUUGGCCCCUAUAUGGCUACUUGGCCUCGGGGUCAUCUUUGUGCUCCUUCAGUUAUUUGCUAUCGGAUUGGUCUACUCUCAAGUUGCUUUUGAGAUCAUGGAGAAGAACUCAGCUGACACGAGGCAAAGCAGGUUCUCUAAAAGAAACCUUGUGCCUCGGUUGAUCCUCAGAACUCUCUACAUGGUCUUUUGUGCUUUCAUGGCUGCAAUGCUCCCAUUCUUCGGCGACAUCGUAGCUGUUGUAGGAGCGAUCGGCUUCAUUCCUCUCGAUUUCAUACUCCCCAUGCUUCUGUACAACAUCACAAUUGGCACUUCAAAACGCUCCGCAAUCCACUGGCUCAACAUCUUAAUCAUGAUCGUCUUCACUGGAGUUGGCAUCAUGGGUGCAUUCGCUUCGAUCAGGAAGAUGAUCCUCGAUGCCGAUCAGUUCAAGCUAUUCAGUGAUAAUGUGGUGAAUUGAUGAAAAAGAACAUUCAAACGUGUAUUUGCAACUCUACAAUCAAAUAUAUUCCGAAGGAAUCAUUUCUUUCA